AUGGUAGAAACAAUACUUUCUAUUGUGUCAGAACAAGCUCAAGACGCUUUUUCUAGUCGUGAUUUUAUACAUGACUAUCCAAGUAAUUCAAAAAUUGAAGCCCGUUAUCAGUCAAAUGGACGACUAUACUGUUCACAUUACAAUGUUCUUUCUUUGGGAACUUAUCCUUCUACGCCAAAAUUAACUCAAAAAUCUCGAAAUAAUACAUUUAAAUAUCAUAUACCCAAUAAUUAUAUAGUUAAAACAGAGGUUUUUGAUUGGAAAAUAGGACGUGCAGAAUGGAGUGUUAGUAGUACAAAAUCUUCUACAGCAGUUUUUAAUUUAUUUUUACAGGACCUCGAUUAUUUGGAUUCGAUAUUGUUAUACCAUAUUCGUUUACAAAUUGGUUCUUGUCCUCUUAUUACUACUAUAGCAGAAGCUAAUAAAUGUAAAAGACCAUUUGAAGAUAUUACAGAAAAAUAA